CUUUUAAUUUAACUAUUAUUCUUGUUAUUAACUUAAUUCCGUUGCAUUUUACGGCUUAUAUAAAAGCAGGACUUGCAAGACCAAGACCAAGAUCAAAACCAAGACUUGCUCUUUUAAUCAAGAGAAAGUCUUGGUCUUGCUUUGCUCAUCACUAAUUAGUUUGAACAUUUUAGAAAGUUUUUCAUAAUUUAACAAGAAGCAAAUAUGUAAGUGUAGUGUUUGUGUUGUUACACGUUAUCAAUCGUGAAAGGCAUUAAACAAUCCCUGUUUAUGCAAUAAACUUCAUGAUAUAUAAUGGCGUACGCAGGACUUCAUUUUCUCCUUGUUUAAGUAACUUUCCAAAGGGAAAACUAAUAAAAACGUAUAUACUAGUCAUAAACGCUAUGCGUAUGUAAACAACCCGUCCAUAAACAAAACAAAAUUGAAAAUUUUGGGUUAGUUUGUGUUAGUGUCGUUGAAUCCAAAUGAUGGAUCCAUGACAGGCGUUACUGCGAUGAGCCAGUCGUAAAUGUAGUUCAUCUCUCGUCUUUAUCUAUGGUUCAUAUCUUGACAAGGAAAGAAAGUCAAUAUAUCUAAUCUGCCCCACAGACUACUCACUAUUCUCUAUUCUGCGAUCUGUGGUUAGUGGAUUUGAAAACAAGGGGAAAUUCGAUUAAAUAUUAUCUAUCUGGAGUCAUAGAUAAAGACAGUCUGGAGUUAUUGUUGAUUAGUGCAUAGCCUACGUGUGAUCUUUCCAUAGCGAAUAUUUCUAAUGUGAAAACGAUCACAAGACCAAAACAUGACUUGCGAAAACUUGUUGGAAAAACUGAACGGACUUCACAGGGCUGAGGUGCUCCCCCUUGUGGGAUUGCUGGUGGAACUGGCUGACCGCAUUUUGGAGCGGCCUGAUAAUGCUUCGCUAAGGAAAGUGGAAUCCAACCAGGGCACUGGUCGAACCCUUCUGCAGAGCGAGGCAGGGUUGUUCGCUUUGGAAGCAAUGGGUUUUGAGAAGGUGGGAGUUGGACAAUUCCUAAGGCAAGAUGCCGACCUGACCAAGCUAUCCAGGGUCAAGGAGAUCCUUGCGAAAUUUCAGAAAUCUGAAAGUAACCAGGAGAAUCCCUUUAGAUUGCUAUUAGAGCCCUGCGCGGAAAUAGAUCAACAGUGCAAUCCCCCAAUUAGACCCAUUGUGUUGCCCCCUGUAACAUUUCUGUUCCAGCAUCACACACAGCAUUUCUUCGCUAGAAUAGAGCGCAUCUUCCAUCAGUGUCUCAGAUACGAGUCUCCCGAGUUGCUUGCAAGGGCCAGGCAACUGGUUCCCGUUAUCGAAUUGGAACUGGCCGCCCAGAGCCGGUUCAGAGUUCUACAAAAACAAAGCAAGCUAAACCAGGUGGAACUGCCAGUUUCCAUCCAAGAGAUGUUGAUUUUGGAGCUGUUGCGCUGGUUUAAAGAAGACUUUUUCACGUGGGUGGACAGUCCGCUUUGCGAGAAUUGCCAGGGCGAGUCAACAUUUUCCCACAUGGCCACUGAUCCUAAUCUGAAUGCUUACACCAAGAGAGUGGAAAUGCACCGAUGCUCCCAGUGCCACCAUCUCUCGCCUUUUCCACGUUACGAAGACCUGAAUAUUUUGCUGGAAACGCGUAGAGGCCGAUGUGGGGAAUGGGCUAAUGUGUUCACACUGUUCUGCUAUUGCAUGGGUUGGGACGCCCGCAUAGUCUUUGACGAAACUGAUCACGUUUGGACUGAGGUUUAUUCCAUUGGGCAAAAACGAUGGCUGCACUGUGAUGCCUGCGAGAAUAUUUGUGACCAACCUGAGAUUUAUGAGUGCGGCUGGAACAAGAAGGUGUCCUAUGUGCUGGCCUACUCAGUGGACGAGGUACAGGAUGUGACUUGGAGAUACUCGUGCCAACACAAGGAGGCGAUGACUCGUAGGAAGUAUUGCUCAGAGGAGGCGCUCAUUCAAGUGCUGAUGGACUUGAGUAGACGGCGACAAGAGUGCCGCAGCGCGCACCGUCGACGCUAUCUGAUCAAGAGACUGGCGCUAGAAUUGGCCGAUAUGCUCACUGAAAGGAAGCCUGGAGAUUCACAAGGGCAGGGGCGCCAGUCCGGCGGCAUCGCUUGGCGCUUAGCCCGCGGCGAGAUAGAGGGGAACUUUUCUUGGAACAUUGAUCCGAUUGUAUUUAAGAACAAUGUGGCUGUUUUGAAAUACUGCGCUGCAGAGGAUGAGUACCGAUUGUUCAAUGGGCCAACGCUGGAGCGCACGGUAAAGGUUUGGGCGAAGGGCUGUUACCACAUUGAGCACGUGUUUAGAAAAGAAGAGAAGGACUGGAAAAUGGUCUAUCUAGCUCGAACCGAGAAUGCCCCAAAUGGACGCGUCUCCUGGUUGUUCACUUUUCCGCCAAAGUCGCCGAAGCAAUUAGCCACAGUAACUGUUUUAAUAAACGGCGCCCUCUACGAAACUGGCAACAUCCAAGUCCUGCUGAGUUCUGACGACUUGACUGAAAACAUCCCCAUUGGGGCCAAGGGCCACUUAACUGAGCGAUUUCGUGGGAGAAACGAGCUGAAGCUCGAGGCGACUCUUUCCGGAGGUAAAGGCGACGCGGCCUGGCAGCAUGCUCAGCUAUUCAGACAAGCGCUGAGUUCCUGCGAAAGUCCUUUCAUCAUUACUUUCACUUUUUAUUGAGCAGCAAGGAGUUUUGGUAUAGUAUUUUACUGUGUAUAUAUACGUAACUGUAUAAAGGUUUAUGGAACUUUUAA